UUGGGGGCGUGGCCUCCGUCGCCAUAGCGACCGGUCAGCCUGCUCAGGAUGCUCAUGGACCACCAGCCUCAGUACCGGCGGAUGGAGCACAGCCCAAAUGGGUCCUUCCGCUGCAGGGCACAGCUCGUGAUCCAGCUCUGGGCAUUGUACACUGAUGGGGCAGCCAAACCAGCCCUAGACUUGUGGGUUUUGUCCAAAAUGCCAUAAUAGGUCACUAAUUAUUAUUGCUUCUAAAGGGAAUCAUCCUCCCACGUGCAGUAUCCCUGCUGGUACUGGGAAAUAGAAGGAGGGGUGGGGACCUCACAGCAGCCUUCCAGUAUCUGAAGGAGGCCUACGUGGGUGCUGGAGAGAGACCCUAAUUAAGGUCUAUAGUGACAGGACAGAGGGGGAACAGAUUAAAACUUAAACAGGAGAGGUUAGAUCCAAGGAAGAAGUUCUUUACUGUGAGGGUGCUGAGGCACUGGAAUGGGUUGCCCAAGGAAGGUGUGGAUGCUCCAAUGAGUGUGCAACAUAGAGGUUGUGAUCAAUUGGACAUUUAGGUGGGAUAGUGAGGGGUGACAGCAAUGUGGGUGGCACCAUUGCAAUGCCAAUUCACUGCAGAAGAGAUGCACCAGUAUUACCUCCUGGUUACCUGAUCUGUGGGGGGCUCUGUGCUGGGUCCCAACCCCAUGGUAGUGGGGCAGGGGUUUGGAUGCAGGUUCUGCCCCACUGCUCCCGUACCCGGAUGCUCUCAUUGCCGGGAUGCAGGUUCUGCCCCACUGCUCUGGUACCCGGAUGCUCUCAUUGCCGGGAUGCAGGUUCUGCCCCACUGCUCCGGUACCCGGAUGCUCUCAUUGCCGGGAUGCAGGUUCUGCCCCACUGCUCCGGUACCCGGAUGCUCUCAUUGCUGGUUCCUUCCUCUUCUCGCAGGUUUGAAGCCUGCAGCAGGAGGAUGCUGCCGUGUGCAGUGCUCUGCUUCCUUCCCCAGCCCUGCCUCCGGUGCAGCCUUCACAAUGCUGCUUUGAAUACUUUCCACUGAAGACAAAAAGAAGCCAUUUUCACCCCAAACAGGAAACACGGGGCCCGUGGCAGGGGCUCGCUUUGGAGGGUGCCUGUGGGGCAGCGGAGGUCAAGCCCACAUCAGGAGCAGAGGCAUGGGCUGGGCUGUGCAGCUCUGCCUGCUGGUGACUCUGGGCUGCCCUUGGGGCAGGGUCCAUGGGGUGAGGGAAACGGUGCUGGGCACCCUGGGGAAGCCGACGAUGCUGCGCAUCCCCCCGGCCCUGCGGGAGCUCACCCUGCGCUUCGGGGCUGCCGUCUGGAAACGGGACACGGAGGACCCGCAGAGGAAGCUCAUCCUGCUCAAGUACACGGGGGGGAACUACACCAACUACGUGCAGGAUCGGACCCGAUUCCAUGAGCUGGACUUCUCCCUGGAGAUCCUCAACACCAGCCGGCAGGACCAGCAGCUCUAUGAGUACACCGUGAGCGAGGGGCCGGAGGAGAAGGUCUGGCGGCUGCGGCUGCAGGUCUAUGAGCCAGUGUCUGAUCCCAGCAUCCAGAUCCUCAGCUGGGUGCUGGCCAAUGGCACCUGCAGCAUCACCCUCAACUGCACCGCAGAGCGAGGGGACAGCAUCUCCUACAGCUGGGGCACCUCGGGGCCCUGCUCCCACAACAGCAGCCUCCUGCACCUCACCUUCCCCCUGCACAACUCCAGCAUCUCCUGCUCCUGCACCACCAGCAACCCCGUCAGCAGCCGCAGCAUCGCCUUCAACUCCUCCCAGUGCAGCCAUAAGCAAGCGGGCAGUGCCAGCCUGGGGCCGCAGGGUCUCCUGCUCAUGGUGCUGGUGCCCAUAGCUGCAGGGAUGCUCAUGGGGGUCCUCAUGGCUUUGCGUGUGGCUAAGCCCCGUGGUGGGCAGCAGGCCCCAGCCCCAGCCCCAGCUGAGGACAGCACAGUGCACACCAUCUACUCCCAAGUGCAGCGGAGGCAGAAGCAGAAAGGAGCCUCCAUCACCAAGCAUCCCUCCUGCAUCACCAUCUACACCACAGCCACCAGCCAGCCCUUGGACACAGCCCUGGCCCCCAGUGCAGCCCCCUGUGCCUCACGGGACCCCCCGGCACAGCCCCACACCUCGCAGGGCCACCGCAUAGAGAGCCCCAGCAAGGAGCCCACGACGGUUUAUGCCAGGGUGAUGAUGCCCACGGCCUGAGCCUCUGCCCCAUGGACACCGACAGCACCUUCCCGGCCGGAUGAAGCCCUCCUCAUCCCUGUGGGACUGGGGCAAACCCCUGGCAUGCGGAGCGGAAGGGAUGGCAAAGAGCAGGGCUGAGGGAAGCAAGGCCACAGAUCCCCUUGGGUUCCAGUUAAGGGAGGAUGCUGAAGCACUGGGAGAGGGUGGAAGGAGUCUGGAUGCAGUGGACACGAGUGACACAGGGAGAAGCGGCUCCUCGGAGGGGAGGGUUAGGGUUAGGGACCCUUCAGCUCCGCACAGCACCAUCGGGAAGUGCGGCUGGAGCCGCUUGGGAUCCCGGCCUCAUCCCUCUGCCCCGUGGGCCUCCACUCGGCCUCCGUGAGGCUUCACUAGAGGGAGCCGUGGGACCGGUGCUGAGCGCUCAGCAGCACCGGCUGGAACCGGAGGGAGAUUGCGACGACCGAAGCGAUUCUGCUAUGAUCAGAAGCGAUUUUUCUGUAGCCAAAGUGAUUUUUCUAUAGCCAGAAAUGAUUUUUUCUAUGACCAGAAGUGAUUUUUCUAUAACCAAAAGUAUUUUUUCUAUAACCAAAGUGAUUUUCCCAUGAUCAGAAAUGAUUUUUCUAUGACCAGAAAUGAUUUUUCUAUGACCAGAAAUGAUUUUUCUAUGACCAGAAAUGAUUUUCCUAUGACCAGAAAUGAUUUUCCCAUGA